CUAUGAUCCCUCCCUCUCUCCGCCCAGCGCUUCGUCCUCAUCUCCUGAGUGCUUCCUUUCUGCUUGGCUCCCCCCACCCCACCCCAGGUUAAAGGGACGCCGUGAGUGUACAGACGGACUGGGGCUCUCUUUCUCUCUCUAUGGCAGGACACGAAUGGGACUGGUUUCAGCGAGAGGAGCUGAUCGGUCACAUCAGCGACAUCCGAGUGCAGAACCUCCAGGUUGAAAGAGUGAGAACGCAGAAGAGAACGUUUACCCGAUGGAUCAACUUCCACUUGUACAGGUGCAAUCCGCCCCUAGAGGUGAAGGAUUUGUUUAAAGACAUGCAAGAUGGGAAGAUCCUGAUGGCUUUGCUGGAGGUACUAUCCGGGCAAAGACUGAUGCAACAGUAUAAACAUUCAACGCAUCGGAUUUUCAGACUGAAUAACAUUGCAAAGGCCCUUCAGUUUUUGGAGGAAGGAUAUGUGAGACUGGUCAGCAUUGAUGCACAUGAGAUUGCAGAUGGCAACCCCUCGAUGAUCCUUGGCUUAAUCUGGAAUAUCAUUCUCCAUUUCCAGAUAAAGGAAGCGACAGGACACCUGAAGAUCUUCUCUCCCACAUCAAGUUUGUCUUCCUUGCACAGUGGAAGUGAUAAUGACCUGACAUUACACUGCACUCCUAAGGAAACAGCCCCUUCAGCUCCAUACAAGGAUCAGAGGAGGGUCAUUAAAGUUCUCCUCAGCUGGGUGCAGAGGAGAAUCACAAAGUAUGGCGUAGCCAUUCAGGACUUUAGUACCAGUUGGAGGAGUGGCAUUGCAUUCCUAGCUCUCAUCAAAGCAAUCGACCCGAACUUAGUGGACAUGAGAAAAGCUUUGGAGAGACCAAACAGGGUCAAUCUUGAAGAUGCAUUCAAAAUAGCGCACGUCAAUCUCAACAUCCCACCACUACUAGAACCUGAAGAUGUCGAUGUUGAACGUCCAGAAGAACAGUCCAUCACCACUUAUGUAUCGCAGUUUUUGGAGCAUUUCCCUGACAUCGAUGAGAAUGAUACUGCAGAAUAUGCCGAUGAAUCUCCAUUUGAGGACUCUCAAAACAGCUUUGCAGCCAUGUCCUCAGAUCUUAGUGCACAAGAUUCCAAUAACAUACCCGUUGGAAAUGAACAUCAUGAUUCAGAUAAUGUUUCACCUCCCCUACAGGACCCUACAGUCUUUAUAUCCUCCCACCUGAAAGAUGAGAAAUUAUCUCCACAAACUGUCGUGGUGAAUGACAAUCAGCCAUUAUGUAAAGAAAACGAUAAUUCUUUUGUUAAUCAGGGCAGUAGUUCUGAUGAAACAGACAUGGUUACCAAUGACAUGAUUGAUGUUUCCAAUAUUGAUAAAUCAAGUACGUCCUUACAUCGAGAUAGUCAAUUGUCAUCUUCUGAUCUGCACAAUGUACUCCUACAACCUGCUUCUGACAACAAUGCCACUGACAUGGUAGAGGAGAUUUAUGUCCUGUUACAUCCAUUGAAAAGAAAGUCUUCAACUGGUGAGAAAACAUUGCUGGAGAAGAAACCUUCCUCUCCCGUCCCUUAUGAUUCUCAUUCACCAAUUGCAGCAAAUAAUGUGUUGAAAGCUGGGUCCAGAGUUGAAACACCUGAAUCUUCUUCAGAAAAUCAAAGUGACACCUUCUUGGAAAUCACAUACUCAUCUAAUAGAUUGGAUGAAAAUCUCAAAAGUCCACAAGAUCAGUGUGUUUCUUUAUACCAUAUGGACAUUCAAUCUAAUGCUAGUAUGCCUGCUCAGAUACGUAAAGUUUCAGAAUCAUGUACACAGACUGAUGAGAAACCAUCUCCUGAACAGAAUGAGCUAUUGCCUUCAGUAAUAGAUAAUGCACUUGUGGGUGAUGAAAAAGUGUCUGUAAUUCCACUUAAUCUUGUGUACUAUCCUCAUUAUGAAGUACCAGUAUCUAAGGUACUUGAAGCUUUUUCAGUCACUGGCAGUCCUCAAAAGGAACUUGUCCCAGAUUUUCAGAAAGACCUGUCACCACUGCCUGAUGAAGCUUACCAAUCUUGCUCUGAGCUCAGUGGUUCAUUUUCAUUGCAGGAACUUAGUCCAACAUUCUCUGAAAAAACAUUGUGCACCCCUGACCCUGAUCAGAUUGACAGCUCGAGCAACUCUAACCAUGCUGAACCUGGUAAGAUUGCUCAGUCAUUUUCUUCUUGUCAAGGAACUGAGUUGUCUCAGUUUCUGCCAGUAGCAAUGCCUAGCACCACCACCAAUGAAAGCAUUGUGAACCCUUUUAAUAAAUUGCCAGAACAGCCUAACUUGGAAGCUAUUAAUGAACAAUUUUUGGAAGGUAAAUCUUCAGUGACAAAGAAUGGAGAUCUUCAGAUGUCCAAAAGAGAUCAUGAAAAGGAUCAAGAGGAAAACAGUCUGGGUCCAAAGGCAUUAGACAACCAGCUUUUGUAUUUGCUGCCAAGUCAAAUGGGUCUGAAAGAGACAGGAGAAGAUGUGGAGAGUUAUGGUGGUGGUCCAGAACAGCCAACUGAUACCAAAGAUGGGCAACACACUGUCCUGCAAAGUUCUGUGAUUUCAUGUUCACGUAGUUUAGUAAGUGCUGAAAAAUCGCAAGAGAACAGCAGUUAUGAUAUUUUCACCAGCCAUAAAGAUCACAGCCAUGAGUUACUCCUGAAAGCAAUGGAUGAACAAUGUUCAAGUGAUUCAGAAGAACACUCAAUCAACCAAGAUGAAAAACUGAUUCAGCAUGAACACUGCCCUAAUCCCAAUAUACUAUCAAUGACAAGACAAAAGACUCGGCCCAAGGUAAUAACUGAGAGUCUGCUGUUGCUGAAUGAAGCAAAAUUUACAGAUGAAACACACCUCCAAACAAGGUCAGUCCAACAAUCUGACAAUGCAAGUAUAUUGGAAGCAAUGUGGCAUCCAACUGCUGCUGUUAUCCAUGAUAAGACACCUUCAGGAUCUGCUACUCGUCCUCAAUUACCGUAUAUCAUUGUUAUUCUAUGGAUGGUAGUAUAUUGGCUGAUCAUUCUUCUGCACCUCGACUUAGAGUCACUAGGCUUGUUCACGGCCAGCUGAUUAUUACCAGAUGGGUCAUAAUUAUUCUUCUGCUUAACAUUUUGUGGAGUAGUUUUGUAUUGUUAGAUUUCUUCUCUUUUUAUACUCCAAUGUUUCCAGAAUUUUCCUGACAUCCCUGUUUAAAUGGUAAAAUCCCAAAGUUUCAAUGCCAACAAAUGAAGGGCAAUGACUGGUUUCUACAAUUGUAUCAACUGAGUAUAAACCUGAGAAAUUGUUUUUAUUCCAUUAAUCUUGACUAUUUGGUUUAUAAGAGGUGACCCAAUAAGGACUGGCUACAUGUUACUGAACACAUUUGACCUGAUGCAAAUCUUCAAAAAAAUGGCACAGCAUGUUACAGACUUCCUAUGUGUGCACAAUAGGGUACAAAUUUCAAAUCAAUAGAAGCUUCCUGAGUGGUAUGACAGCAAGAAAGUGAAGUUUUUUUUAUAUGUUUUAUAUCAUAUACAAUGUAAAUGAAGCUUUAUUUUAAUAUUUUACUUUUAUCACUGUUUUGCUCUUUCGUCAAGAGGUUUCAUUUGCAACCUAUUAUGUUGAUAUCAGAUGUGUGCAGAAAAAAAGGAAGUUAACAGAAUAAGACACCAUUGUAUUCAAGUAAUGAAAUAAACACUUGAGAUUUAAAUACAGAGACUGACAAGAAGGGAAUAUAAGUUGUGAAUGUUGUAAUCCUGCACUUCUAGUGGACCAUAACUAGAGAAUUGGAACAUUACUGCUGUAAUCCUUUCUCUAACUUGUUCCUGCUGAAUAUAGCUUUCCCCAAUGCAUGUGCAAGAUUGCUGAAUCACGCUGUAUUUUGUGCAAUAAGAAUAUAUUGUUAAAACACAGCUGGGCUGAUAUUUUCAAGGUUUCAUCGAUUGUUGUUUCUCAUUUUCUUUGUCUCCCCAUUGCCUGGGGUAAUUGGAAGGCCCAUUCACAAUCCCGUUUUAGCUCUUCACUGACUAUGCUUUAUAAUCAUUUUUAUAAGUGGUCCAGGUUAUCACUGUCUAUCAGCCUGCUUACUGAAAUAUAUUGAACAAGGAAUCAUGGCUUCUAACAUCCUCCUGCUAACCUUUAGUAGCAAAUGAUUGCGAGACCGCAUGAUGCAUUAUUGAUAUAUUCACAAUAUUUUAUUUAAAUCCAGAAUUCUGAUUUGCUGCAUAAUCAUAUUUAGAAAAAGUGAUCCUGAUGAGUACUAUAUAACAUUGAAACAUAAAAUCAUAUAAGCCAAAGAAUCUCAAAUGGGCACAAAGAUUUGGCACUGAUUUCCCUCGCUGCAUUUUCUUUCUCUUUCAUCCAGAUGAUGAAAUUGCACUUAAAACAAAGCUUUAAACUGCCACUGAAAGUAGAGGCGGGGCCUUUACUGUUUCCAUUACUUGUGUAUAUGGCUUGACUUCUUUGAUUGUUAAUAGUCUGUAUGUGUUGGAUGCGCUUAUGUCUGUGCAUAGAAUUUGUUUUCUGUAAUUGAAUUCAUUCUUGGCUGGUUAGACAGUUGGAGCUCUACCUUAUGAUUGAAGGUGUUUCCGUCCUUCCUUUAUUAACUUGGGCUGAACUAAAUUCCACAACUGCUGCUAGAACCAUUUAUGAAAUCUUGUGCAGUUGAUGGUGAGUUUGGGCAGGAGAUGCAUCUAUUGAGCAAAUCAUGAUUCAACCUAAUCCAGUCUCCACAAGGAGCCACUAGUUAGUGACCAGGAGCUCGUUAGCUAAUUUGUCUGCAGAAACCAACCACACUAACUGCUGUGUACUCCCUCAUUCAACACAUACCAAGGAUUGUGUUGGAGACUUUUCUACUCUGGAUGCUGCCCAGAACACUUAUGGUAUAUCAUUCUGAAAGGUGAAGAUAUUUGUUCAGUCUGGGUUUUUAAAUCCAAACCCACCUGCCAUAUUCCAUCUUCCCUAACAAUCUCUGGUCGUAAUGCACUUAGGAAUUUGAUGUUUUACACUGUUCAUCUUCGUAUCAUUUCAAAGUUCAUUACUGUAACAUUAAUGGAAUAUCAAUGACUGACCCAAUGUUACAGAUUAGAAUGCCUUCUGCUCUAAUUUGUGAUGUUCUCUAAAUGAGAAAGCAAAAGUAAUUACAAAUAUAGUUACAAUUUUGAAUGUUCCCAAAUCUAUACAUUCUCUGUUUAGGAGUGGGAUGGAGAAAAACCCUUGGUUCAGUGUAGUGCUGAGAUAAACAUAUAGAAGGUUCAGGUGUGUUCUACAGUCUGAUUAUGUUAGCAUAAGUCAAGACAGCAGAUUUUUUUUAUACUGAUUUAAUGAAAGAGACAAAUUUGUCUGGGUGAAUACUUUCACCAUUAUACCCAUGCUCUGCAUUUUCUACCUAAUGAUGGAGUGAUUGAAUGGUCUAAGCAUUGGAUUCAAGUCCUACUUGUUUCAGAGGUGUUUCAUAACACAUGACACCCCUGACCUUCUCUACUGUAAUGCACAGGGAAGACAGGACAAAGUUGGACUCUGAUGUUAUCAAAUUCUUGCACUUAGCCAGUUUCCUGUCCAUGCUUACACUCCUGAUCAUGGCCUCACGAGUACAACUUUAACCUUUUGGAGUCUCCCCAUACAUAAAACUGAUCAGAUCGAAUGUGGCACAGGCUCCAACCAAUUCUGACAGCUGGAGCUCAAUAGAUGCCAUGCAUCUACAAUUUGCAUAUAAAAGGAUCCCGACCCCUGAAGCAGACAGGUGCAUGGUCUGUUAGUGGUAGUCCACUGCAGAAACUGCCAGGUGGCAUUCAAGUCUCCCAAAUCCCAUUUUGAAGCCACUAUAAUCUAGUUAAUGCUAAUUCUACCAAUAAAGUUUAGCCAUGAUACUUCCAGUCAAAUAGCCAAUCUGCAAUGGCUAUCUGGGGUCAUAUGUGAAUAUUGAGGUGUAUACAUAUGCAACUGUGCUAGUAAUGAUUCAUCUUCAAUUGAGGACAGUAGGUGGAGGGGGGGAAACUAUUGAGCAAAAAGACACUUGUUUCACUUGCACUGGAAUUGAAAAAUGUGGCUCUUGCUAUGCUGCACUUAUUUGAGGUGUAUAUCUACACAAUAAAAUUCUUAAGCUUAUUUAUAGGAAUACUGGCAGGUCCAGUACCACUGACUCCAUAUGACUUAAAAUACAGUAAUUGAUUUGUACAGGAGAAAACAAAAAUUGUGCCUUUUUGGAAGCUUUAAUGUUUAACUAAUGAAGUCAGAACUGCUGGUUACCAAUCAGUAGUAAGACACCCAUGUUGUCCUUUGCUUUGAGUGUGGGACUCUAUUACUCCAGAAACAUACCUUCUGAGAAUUUACCUGUAUGUGUUACACUUGUAGAUAGGUGCUUGUGCGUCUCUAGCCUUUGGACCCUCUAUAUCAUUCAAGGAUAUUUGCUUUAUAGCACAGACCAUAAUACUACACUGAUUAUAUGAUUCUCGAAAUAAGUCUUUUCACAAUGUUUAUUCCUAUAAAAAUGGUGUACAUUUUCUGUCAUAGUUUGGGAGCGUCUGUAAAAAUAAGUUUGUGUGAAUAAAAGCUAUUCAACAGUU